AUGCCGAAUAACGAGAGCGCACCUUUACUGCAGAAUGAUUCAAAACUAUCCAAAACGAGAGCUGUGUUCUCCUCAGCUAACAGAGUAGUAUUGGCUGGUUUUCUCAUAUCUGUCGCGCUAAGCUUUACCCAGGUACCUAUUCUGUAUCUUUUCCGUCUUAUGGAAUGUGAAGAAUUCUACGGAAACCAUGACACUGGCAAUUUGCUAGGCGACCGUUGCAAUCGCAGCGAGAUCGACGCCGGUACCGCGACGCAAGUCUCUAUUCUUGGCCUUUCGACGAUGUUCUGCAGUGUUAUCAACCUUUUCUACGCUGGUUGGCAGAUUAAGAACUGGGGCCCAAAAAUUGCACUUGUCCUGCAGACCGCGUUUCCUGCUUUGCGAGUUGGAGUUCAGGUCGUCGGAGUCUCAGUUGGCGCCAGGAGUGGAAUCAUCAUCGUUCAGUGUAGUCAACUGAUCAGCCUUAUUGGGGGAAUGUCCGGAUAUCUGCUCGUACUCAACACAAUUGCCGGCGAGAUUACUCCUCCCUCUGAACGGACCGCUAUGUUCGGCAUGCUCCAGGGCAGCGUCAUGUUGGGAACAUCGAUCGGAUAUCUCCUCGGCGGCAUUGUUGGCGACAGCUGUGGUAUUAUACGACCCUUUGAAAUUGCAACCAUCUUAUUCGCAUUGUCAAGCUUGUACUCGUCCGUGUUCAUCCCAUACAUCGACCCCAGAACACCUGGUAUUGUUGGUGGCACAUCUAUAAAGCGACAAGGGUGGAGUAGAUGGCUUGGAGCUUUGAGAGUCCUUGCCCCCAAAAGAUUUCGACUCGAGGAUGGCCGACCUAUAAAACACUACGGUGUAGCAUUCCUGGCCUUGGGCGUCUUCUUGGGCGUCUUGGCAACUGGCUAUGCGCCAACUCUAAUCCAGCUCUACUCUACCGCGGCUUUCAAUUUCCUGCCCACGGAAAACAGCUAUCUUAUGGCUUCCAACUCGCUCAUACGCGGUGUUUUCCUUCUUUUCAUAUUCCCUAGAAUCAUCGAUUCCGGGCGAAAGUGGUACACCGAGCGGUCCGAAAAGGAACUCCAGAGUGAGGUCUUCAGAGCACAAGUCCUAGCGGAAACAGAAGCAGGCGUCACAACGGACGUGCACCCCAAACCAAACAACUUGAGCGAAGCAACUGUCUUCCAAAGCGUUCCUGAUCAUGAGUUUGACAUUUUUUUCUUGCGAUGGAGCUUAGUAGCAGAUGGGCUGCUCACAGCCUCAACCGCAUUCGCAACCCAAGGAUGGCACAUCUAUCUUGCCGGUGUAUUAUUCCCUCUAGCGUCUGGAUCCGCGCCCGCCAGUAAAGGCGUCAUCACGGAGAUGUGUGCACCGUCAGAACGGGCGGACGCACUGCAAGCUAUGACCCUCGUCGAAAACAUCGCCAUGCUAUCAACUCUGGGCUUAUUUGGGUUCAUCUUCUCAAGCUUUGCUGGAAUUGAGAAGGCAUAUUUAACUUUCUUUUGUAACGCGGGCGUUGCAAUGGCAGCGGUGGCCGUUUUGCUGUUGUCUAGUUUCCCUCCUCCGAAUGGUCUGCCGGAUGACCAGACUUCUCAAGCUGGAUAG